UGAGAAUAACAUAACCUCUUUCGAUGCGCAUACGAAAAAGUAUUUUACUGAAAGUUUAACUCAAUACUGUUUGAUAGAAGUUUAAUAAACAGUGAAAAUAUAUUUUUUAUAAUUUAAAUUAUUUUAUGUAAAGAUAAAAUGACUGAUACAUUAAAAUUGCAAUUGCAAUUUGGUGGUGGUGCGGAAUUGCUAUUUGAUAAAAUAAAAAAGCGGGAGAUUGAGUUGCCAGCAUUAAAUAAAUAUAUUCCAGAUUCUAAAGAUAAUAAAUGGACAAUAAGACAUUUAUUAGUUUGGAUUAAGGAUAAUCUUUUAAGAGAAAGACCAGAGUUAUUUUUACAGGGUGAUUCUGUGCGGCCAGGAAUACUGGUGUUAAUAAAUGAUGCAGAUUGGGAACUAUUUGGAGAAUUAGAUUAUGAAUUACAGAAUAAUGAUGUAAUAAUGUUUAUAUCCACAUUACACGGAGGUUAA